CGGAACCACAUGUAGGCUGUAUUGGGCAAUAGCCCAGGUGGUUUUCUGGAAAACCAAAAAAAAAAAUUUAUAUUUAUAAUUUUAGCUUAAUUCAUUUUUUUCUUUUAGCUCAACCUAUCCCACCAACCCAUUUUGGCCCAGCCUUCUCAGCCUCUUUGUUAACAUACGUUCUCUAGCUCCCUCUCUCCUGCGUUCUUUCUUUUCUUGCGUUCUCUGUCGUUCUCUCUCUCUACCACCGACCGUCAAGGGAUGGUUCUUGUUGAUUAUUGAAAACUGAAAACCCAGUUAAAUAGACUCAAGAAAUUUCAUGAAAACCCAGUUAAAUCAGCUGGUGUGCUUAAAUUUGCACUUAUGUUGUUAUUUCAUAGAGGUUACCCGUAUGCAUAUUAUAUACAUUGUUUAACCCACCAAAAAAAAAAUUGGAAUAGUUCAGGGCAGAAUCCAUUCCCACUGCCCUUGAUAGCAGUGCUUCUUUUCUUCUUAUAAAAAGACCUUGACUUCAACCUGAAACAAAUGCUCUCACAACAAAAAGUACUCAUACAUUCCAUUUUCAGAUCUGAAGUUCCAUUUACUCGCAGAAACCCUAGAAUCUAGAAAGUGAGAGCAUGGGGAGAGGAAAGACUGUGAUAAGAAGGAUCGAUAACACAACGAGCAGACAAGUGACUUUUUCCAAGCGAAAGAACGGACUCCUGAAGAAGGCGAAGGAGCUGGGCAUCCUGUGUGACGCAGAAGUAGGUCUGAUCAUCGUCUCCAGCACCGGCAAGUUGUAUGAGUAUUCAAGCACCAGCUUGAAGUCAGUAAUUGAAAGAUACAACAAAUCCAAAGAGGAGCAUCAUCAACUACAUAAUCAAGCAUCAGAAGUCAAGUUUUGGCAAAGGGAAGCAGCAAUCUUGAGGCAACAAUUACACAACUUGGAAGAAAACCAUCGGCAGUUGAUGGGACAAGAGCUAUACGGUUUGACUGCCAAAGAUCUACAAAAUCUAGAGAGCCAACUGGAGAUGGGUUUGCGAGGUGUCCGCAUGAAAAAGGACAAGAUUCUAACAGAUGAGAUACAAGAGCAAAACCGAAAGGGACACCUUAUGACUCGAGAAAAUGCAGAACUUUACGAGAAGGUAAACCUCAUCCGUCAAGAAAACAUGGAAUUGUAUAAGAAGGUUUAUGGAGCAAGCAAUUUGAUAGCGAUUUCUACAAACACACAAAAUUCUUAUGGUUUCAGCAUUACGGAUGACUCAUAUGUGCCCAUCCAUCUCCAGCUAAGCCAACCUCAGCAGCAGAGUCAAGAGGUGACACCAAAGGCUACAAGAUCAGGGAGAACAUGCUUCGUUGUGAAAGAAGCUUCCAGGAUUCAACCCGAAUCAGAUAAACAUUUGGCACCGUCUCACAAAGGGUGAGCAGAUGUCGAUUGGGUGAAAAGGUUUCUACAGUUGCAUGCAAUUUUCAUGUAUUUCUGUUAAUCAUAAUGCUAUGCUGUGUUUCUAAGGUUCCAAACUCAUAAACCUGGAAAAUCAUAAUGGCUGCCAUAGUACUUUACUGAUGCUACCCGUGUAAAUAAAAUGUUGGAGUAUGUUGCGAUUCUUGCGAAGAAAAGCUGGGAGCAUCCACUUUACAACUACAAUGCACAGGUUUAAAUCUACAUCAAAUAACCCUCCCAGCAUCCUCAAAUAACAAGGACAGAUAACACAUAAUACCCACAUCUUGUAAUGCAGAUAUGAGAUAACUGAGCAGCAUUUUAGUCAUAUUUGUCGUACUGGUGUCAAAAAAGAGAAAAAUAAACUAGUGUGCACCAUUGAGACAGGAUUACAAAAUGAAUUAAUGCCUUCAAUGUUCACUUCAAGAAACAAAAUAAGUCAAAGAGAGGAUACCUGGGAGAUAGUUUAGCCUUCUAAAGUUACUAAUCCGAAGUUUCUGCAGUUGUAGAUGAAUAGGUAAAAACAGAAAAAUGACAGUAGGGAGGAAAUUAAAUUAAGAACAAAUCAAAAGAAAUCUGCCAGAAAAAGGUAAGAACUGGACCAUUGCCAGUUAAUUAAGCGACCCCCAUCACUUUCACUCCCAUGUCAGCAUUUGGAAGGAGAGUUUUGUAGGUCCAUAUGCAGGAAGAUAAUACCUCAAAAGGCUCGGGGAUCCUGUAGGGCAGCUGAUGCGGACAUCCAUUUCGACGCCGAUGGGCUCGGAUUUAGCUCCUAUUGAUUUGGACCGCCCAUUACUUGAAUUAAAAUCCGAGCCAUCCAUUGUCGAAAUAGACGGCCGAAUCAGCCCACCCUACAGGAUCCCCGAGUCCCAAAAACAAUGUCCACCAUCCUCAAAUACAUUCUAAUAUGAAGUACAUCUAUAUUGAAUGAUUUUUAUUGUAGAUUUCCUAUAUGUUCUUGAAGUCGAAUUCAUUGGACCUAUUCUAACAUGGACAAGCACUAGUUGAUCAGAAGCAAUAUAGAAAAGAUAUCAACAUUUAGCCCCGAUUAGGGCUACGGGAAGUUGAACCGGGGCCUUGACCAACCAAGUUCAACUUCUUACCACUAAACCAACCCCUUAUUGGUGAUGCUCACAUUGCCUAGCAAUACUCAUCAUUUAUCCAUUGGAAUUUAUAUCAAUUGGAUUCGGCCAACAAACACACAAAGCGCAAAAGAA